CAUAGAACAUUACUUGCCCUGAGGUCUCUUGUUUGUAAUUCUUUAGUCUUCCGUUCGUAUAUCUAAGUGUCGGAAGAGGAUGGUGCGAGGGACGUGCUCGAAACUGUGGACGUCCAUCGUGAGCCGCCUCCCACAUGGAAGCCAGAUCGCUAGCGAGUCCGUGCGGGGCGCGGAACUGGCUGCUGCUCCUCCCUGGAUCGGCUGCGAGUCGUGCGUGGAAGGGGAGAAUAAAGUAUGCCGGUGCGAGUGCGACGGGGGCAUGGCGGAGCUGAAGCUGCAGGCGGUGGAGGAGGAGAAUACCGGGGCGAACAGCUCUUUUGCUCACGCUGUCAUCAACAUGGUUGGCAUGCUCAUAGGGCUGGGACAGCUUUCAACACCAUACGCCUUGGAGAAUGGAGGGUGGUCCUCUGCAUUCCUGCUGAUAGGGCUUGGCAUGGUAUGCGCCUACACCUCCCACUUGCUUGGAAAAUGCCUUGACAAGAGCCCCAAGUCCAGAAGCUACACAGACAUCGGGCAAGAAGCCUAUGGAUCCAAAGGCAGGAUCAUAGCAGCAACCUUCAUAUACCUGGAGAUCUUCUUGGCCCUCGUCUCCUACACCAUCUCGCUCCAUGACAACCUCAGCAUCGUCUUCCCAGGGACUUGGAUCAGCGCCCGAUGGACGCACAUGUCCAGCCCUCAGCUCCUGACCGUGAUCGCCGUGCUCAUUGCCCUCCCGAGCCUCUGGCUCAGGGACCUGUCCUCCAUCUCUUUCCUCUCUUCCGGGGGCAUCCUCAUGUCGAUCAUCAUCUUUGCCUCCGUGGCUCUGACCGCCAUUUUCGGAUGGGUCAGGUCGGAUAAUGAGAUCCCGGCGCUUCGGAUCCGUAACAUCCCCAUGAUUUCGGGGCUCUAUGUGUUCAGUUUUGCUGGGCAUAUUGUCUUCCCUGACUUGUAUAAGUCCAUGAAAGACCCUUCCAAGUUCACCAAGGUAUCGAUCGUGAGCUUCACCCUAGUCACGGCCCUGUACACGGCCCUCGCCUUCAUGGGCGCGAAGAUGUUCGGCCCCGGCGUCAGCUCGCAGAUCACCCUCAGCCUGCCGCGCCACCUUGUCGUGACCAAGGUCGCCCAGUGGGCCACGGUCCUGACGCCAAUAACCAAGUACGCCCUCGAGUUCGCGCCCUUCGCCAUACAGCUAGACCGCAGCCUCCCCGGGUCGAUGAGCUCGUGCAUGCGGACAGUCGUGAGGGGCACGGUAGGCUCCAUGCUGCUGGUGGUGAUCCUGGCGCUCGCGCUCUCGGUCCCGUACUUCGAGUACGUGCUUAGCCUCACCGGCUCGCUCGUCAGCAUCUGCAUCUGCGUGAUCUUGCCGUGCGGAUUCUACACCAAGAUAUGCUGGCCAAGCCUGUCGAAGCCGCUCUUUCUUCUGAAUGCUUUGCUCAUUGGAAUCGGCUGCGUACUUGGGGUGUUUGGGACAAUUUCAUCGUCCAAGUCCCUCAUCAAAAGCCUACAAGGACACACCUCCGCCUAAAUGAAACAUUCCCAACAACGAAAGAAGACAACAUUGUCGUUUUACUUUUGAAUUUGGUCACCCUCUUGUAAAAAUAUGAGCGGUUUUAUUUAAUGACUAAAACCUGUCACAACUUAGGUUUUGCCAAUUUGCGAGAAGUAAAGGUGAACAAACUUGCUCUUGUAUUUUGAGCCGUAAA